GGGGUCCCGGGAUUUGGGUCCUUCCGGAGGGUGACAUUCAGCCGAGAGCCUGCGGCGGGCCUGAGUGAGGGUCGGUCCAGACCAGCAGUGUGCUCCUCCGUUCGCCCCCGCCAUGGCCCAGCUGAUCCGCAAUGCCAUCGAGAAGGCCCCGGUCCUGCUAAACGCUGCUGCAACUUAUUCGAAGCCUCGAUUGGUCACAUUUUGGCACUAUGCCAAGGUUGAGCUGGUUCCUCCAAGUCCUACUGAGAUCCCCAGAGCCAUUGAGAGUCUGAGAAAAAUAAUCACAUCAGCUCGAACUGGUAGCUUCAAAAAUCUCACAGUUAAGGAAGCUCUGCUAAAUAGUUUGGUGGCCACUGAGGUGUGCAUGUGGUUUUACGUUGGCGAGAUCAUAGGCAAGGGUGGCAUCGUUGGAUAUAAUGUUUGAAGACCAAUUCUUAGCAUCUGAGUGUUUGAUUUAUCCUUUGUUGUUCAUGGAACAGAUAUGCCUAGACUUCUAAAUAAAACAAGGAAAUAAUGUGGAA